AUGUCUGCGAGCGGCGACGAGGUGUUCCCCCCGAUUCUGUGGGCGCAGCGGCCGGAGUACGUUCUUGUGUCGAUCCCGCUGCCGGACGCGACGGACGUGUCGGUGGAGAUCCGCGACGGGCGGGUGCUGCACUUCCACGCGGUGGCGGGCGGCCGGCGGUACGGCUGCGCACUGCCGUUGUUUGCCCCCGUCGUCUCGGAGGAGAGCCGCCACGCCACCCUCCCGCGCGGGGUCGAGCUGCAGCUCCGCAAGCGACCACCCCCCACCAAUGAAGAGGAGGGAAAGCAAGAGAAGGAGAAGUUUGAAUUCUCACGGGCAUGGCCACGCCUCACAGAGGACAAGUCCCGCAAUACACGCAUUCAGGUCGACUGGACCCGCUGGAAGGACGAUGAUGAGGAUGAGGAGGAUCCAAGCGGGGUCGAUGGACAGGACGGACUCGGCGUAAAUUACGAAGAGCUCAUGUCGCAGAUGAUGUCCCAAAAGGACAUUGACGAAAAUGACCUUGCGCUUGACGAGAACUCAACAGGGGUAGGUGUUAAGGAGAAUAACAACAAUAGCUGUAAUAGUAACGCGAAUACAAAGAACGAGGAUGAGGAUUUUGAUGACUUACCCCCGUUAGAGGAGUAA